UUAAACUAGCAACCAUAGUUUUUAAUUUACUAUUUAGUAUCUUAGCUUAAAGGUGCGAUGAAAAGUUUAAAUUUUGGAGAGUGCCUUAAACUGUUGUAUGAUGCCCAUCCACCUUGGAUCAGUGGCUCGGAUAACGGAAUGGGUUCUAGAGAAACUGGAAUUGAAGCAUACCAAAAAGUAGAGCGUGACAUCGCUAGAGAAGAACAAGCUGCACCGGCUCCAUCUUUAGGUCACGAGAUGGCAAAACUGGAUCGUUUUAUCACAGAUAUAGAAAAUCUUAUGAGUCAGCUCAGCCAAGAACGUAUAGCGGAUGUUGAAUUAACAUCCAACGACCGAUUUUCCCAAAGAUAUUUCAACUCAAGAAUUGUAGAUGAAAGCGACAAUGCAAUUAGAACAGUCAUGGCAGAAUUACGAGUAAAUUUGAAUCAAAUACUUGCGAUAGAACACGAAGAAUUCAUUGCAAAUCUUAAUCGAAAAUCCUUAAAACUUCACCAUUUAAAUUGGUUAAGUCAAAUGAGAGCUAGAAGUGAAGAAGAAAUAUCAAAACUUAGCGUAAGAGUACAACAUUUACAGAAACUCUAUGAAAGCCAAGAACUAAUAAUAAGAAAUUUAGUUGGGAGUAAAUCAUCAAAUACCGGACAAUUAGAACGGGAAUUGGACAGGGUUCGCAGUUACCGAGACACGUUAGUUAGUGGUGAAUUGUCGUGGAAAGACGCCACGUUAUUUGCCCAAGACUCGGCGGAUUAUAGUCGUACGGCAUAUAAAAGUUGGCAUUCACUGCGGACCGAAGAAGACGAAUCUAUAAGAUUUCGUCAAGCAUUGAAAACUAGGGACUCGAUGCAUCAAGCCGCUCUAUGCGUUCGGAUGGCACAGACCAUGUUGCCCGGUGUUCAAUUUCCGUAUUGUACUUCUAGAGAAGUAUUUGCUAUUCUACAAGUGAUCGAAUACUUGUUCACUGAUUUGCAAGUUUCCGAAAGGUUUGGUCAUGCUCUUGAAGUGUAUAGAAGCUUCAACAAAAGAGCGACGGCAUUGACUCAGUGGCUAAAACAGACUACAGAUGAAACUAUACAUAAAGAUGUAGAAGAAGUGGACGAACGUAUCAAUGAUUUGGCAAGCAUACUGAGUCAAGAAAGAACAAUGAACAGGAGUUUCGGGAGACCAAUUCAGAACGGUACAACAUACUAGGAUCUCAUCAACGCAUUGUUACCAAAUGGCUGGGCGAUACCAUAGGACCUAAAAAAGAAUAUAUUGAGCUGCAUUCAAGAUUUCGUUUAUAACUUACUAUUUAUAUAUAUAGUCUAAAACGUUUCAAAAUUAUAAAUACUAUUUUUUUCCUUGUAUUUUUGUGUUAUUUAAGCGAAAUUCACCCUGAUCCUGUGUAUUUUAAAAUUAGUUUAAACUUAUAAAAAACAAAUAUUAAAAUGUAUAAUUGUGAUUAUAUAGGUACCAUUAUAGUGAUUACAAUUAACGUGCUCGCCUGCCGAACCUGGAAGCUCAGUGGUAGUUACCAUAGAAACCGAAUAAUAUUUUAAACAAUACAUAGUAAGUAUCUACUGUAAAAAUGAAAAAUUAAUGUGUUUAAAUAAAGUAAAU